AUGGGUGUCAUCUCGUUUGCGGUGGACGAUGUCUCACCGCAAACCAUAUGGCUGCAUGCCUUCACCUUUUCGUUGGGGUUCGUCUUUGCGGCGGUAGUCUUCAGCAGCUCGUUGCACAACUGGAUCUUCUCCUGGAACCAUGACAUGGAGAAUGGGGAGACACGAAAACGUAGAAAGGAGAGGAACAGCACGGCGUCUGACCCGGGCGGGGAGGGCUUAAUCCGAUCUAACUCCUGGAGAGAUAAGGAGAACUUUGAGACUGCGAACCCUGUGAGGUUGAACAGGACGGGCAGCCUUCCUGAUGUCAAUAUUCUCUCCUUGAACGCUCAAUUCCACAAGCAGCUGUCCCCGGAGGAGGACGCGGCGGCGAUGAUCGAGCGGUUGAUGCAGUCAAGAGGAGAGAUGUCUGUGCCAACGGUGUUGAGACACGACAGCAUCACUCCCUCUCUCACCCAGGACGAGGCCAUCCUUGAGUGGCUACGAGAGAAUUUCACCAACCAGGGGCCCUCGAAGCGCGUCCCACGGCUCAAGUCAGUGAGCAAGGGGAUUUGCUUCGCGAUCAAGAUGAAGAGAGCGGCAAAGAAGCACGUGACAUCGGAGGAGUCAAAGUUCUCGACCCCCGAGGAAGCCUGCGCCAACACUGUGAUGACGGUGACAGAGGAUGAGAGGAUGCAGAUCUGCGAGGCCCUCAAGCAUGUGUCCGAUUGGGAUUUUGACGUUUGGAAAUUCCGCGAGCUCACGCACGGGCAAGAGCUGCAGACGUUGGGAUGGCACAUACUUCAUCUACAUGAUAUACAAGAAGUUUUCCACACCACCGAUGACGUUAUUGUGAAAUGGCUGAAUUUUGUGGCUUCUCAGUACAUGGACAACCCGUACCAUUCAGCUACACAUGCAGCGGACGUGCUGCAAGCUGUCAACUACUUUUUGACUGUUGGAGGGGCGUCCAAGUAUCUUGCAAAGAUUGAAGUCUUGUCGAUGUUGCUUGCGGCGAUUGUACAUGACAUGGGGCAUGACGGUCUGAACAACAACUUCCACAAGAAUUCAAGAUCGGAGAGGGCGCUGUCGUUCAACGACGAGAGCAUACAGGAGCAAUAUCACAUCUCAACCCUGUUCAUGAAGACUUUUGCCAACCCCGGCAUGAACAUUUUUGAGAAUUUGUCGGACCUGCAGCUUGCGGAGGUGAGGAGGAUGAUGAUCAAGAUGGUGCUCGACACAGACAUGUCGAAGCACUUCACGCACAUGGCGUCCUUCCGAACGCUGCUGGAGCAGAAGGACUCUACCGAGAUCAUUAUGUCGACUGUCCUGCAUUUCUGCGGUGCUUGCUCGUUGAGGGACAUCUCGAACCCGAUGCGGUGUGAGUACUUAUCCAAGAUCUGGGCGGAGCGAGUGAUGGAGGAGUUCUUCAGGCAAGGGGAUAAGGAAAUGGAGCUCGGGAUUCCGGUCUCUCCCAACUGUAAUCGACAUAACACAUCCACGCACACAACUCAGAUCGGUUUCAUCAACUUUAUCGUCUUGGACUCGUGCGAGAUCAUGAAGGAUUUUCUACCUGUCGUCGGAGAAAUUUGCCUACCAGAACUUCGUAGCAACCUCAGGUACUGGCAGAGUUUCGCGGAGCCGGCGAAGGGCAAGGAGGAGUAG